AUGGCGGCCAACGCAGACGCGGCCAAGCCGGUCAUCAUGAAUGAAGAGGAGCUGAAGAGGAAGCAGCGGGAGAAGCUAAAGAAGCUGCAGGCCACAGGAGGAAACCCUCGACCAGCCAGAUCACUCUUCUUCUUAACCCUUAAAAACCCUUUCCGCAAGGCCUGCAUCAACAUUGUGGAGUGGAAAACCUUUGAGAUCAUCAUCUUAUUAACCAUUUUUGCAAACUGUAUCGCCCUGGCUGUGUUCCUGCCCAUGCCCGAAGAAGACAGCAAUAACACCAACACCAACUUGGAGAGUUUGGAGUAUAUCUUCCUCAUUAUAUUCACGUUAGAGUGCUUUCUGAAGAUAGUGGCGUAUGGGUUGGUGUUCCAUGAAGGCGCCUAUUUACGGAACUGUUGGAACAUAUUGGACUUUGUCAUCGUCUUCAUGGGUCUGUUCACUUUUGCCUUGGAUACCAUUAACAAGAUAGCAGGUGUGCCUAUGGAGAAGGGUGGGGGGUUUGACAUGAAGGCGCUGAGAGCUUUCAGAGUGCUGCGGCCCUUACGCCUCGUCUCUGGAGUACCAAGCCUGCAGGUGGUGAUGAACUCCAUCCUAAAAGCUAUGCUGCCUCUGCUGCACAUCGCCCUGCUGGUCUUUUUGCUGGUCACCAUCUAUGCUAUCAUGGGGCUGGAGCUCUUCAAGUGCAAAAUGCAUAAGACCUGCUAUUACUCUAACACAAAUAUCUAUGCCACAGCAGAACUUGAGCUGCCUGCACCCUGUGCCCAGGCUGGUAAUGGACGCCGCUGUAGCAUCAACGGCACUGAGUGUCGGCCAGGAUGGGAAGGUCCCAACAACGGCAUCACCCACUUCGAUAACAUUGGUUUUGCUAUGCUCACAGUCUACCAGUGUAUUACCAUGGAGGGAUGGACCAAAGUACUUUACUGGGUUAAUGAUGCCAUAGGAAAUGAGUGGCCUUGGAUCUACUUUGUCCCCCUCAUUUUGGUGGGUUCCUUCUUCGUGCUUAAUCUGGUUCUGGGUGUGCUCAGUGGGGAGUUUACCAAAGAGCGAGAGAAGGCAAGGUCACGUGGAGAGUACCAGAAGUUGCGAGAGCGUCAGCAGCUGGAUGAAGAUGUACAUGGCUACAUGGAGUGGAUUACGCACGCUGAAGUCCUCGAUGCAGACCGAGAGGGCAAAGGACUCCUGCCUUUAACCGCUGAUUCUGACGCUGACAGUCUGUAUGACAUGGAGGGAAAGAGUAAAAUCGUCUACUAUUACCGCCUGGCACGUCGCUGGAACCGUUUCUUCAGGAUGAAGUGCUUGUUGUAUGUGAAAACGAAAGGUUUUUAUUGGUUAGUGAUGUUCCUCGUCCUCCUCAACACGCUGACCAUAGCUACAGAGUUCCACCACCAGCCUGACUGGCUCACUUCCCUACAAGAUGUGGUCAGUCGUCUUCUGCUGGUGCUGUUUGUGUUUGAGAUGUUUUUGAAGAUGUAUGCUCUCGGCCCCAGAGCGUACUUCAUGUCCCUGUUCAACCGCUUUGACUUCUUUGUGGUGCUCUGCGGCAUCCUUGAGAUGAUCAUGUUCUCUGCUGGAGCGGUGACUCCCCUGGGAUUCUCUGUGCUCAGAUGUAUCCGGCUGCUCAGGCUCUUUAAAGUCACAAAGUACUGGAAGUCCUUGAGUAAUCUUGUGGCCUCUCUCCUCAACUCCGUACGCUCCAUCGCCUCCCUGCUCCUUCUUCUCUUCCUCUUCAUCGUCAUUUUCUCACUCCUGGGCAUGCAGGUGUUUGGAGGGAAAUUUAACUUUAGCAACCACAGACCCAGACGCAGUAACUUUGACAACUUCCCUCAGGCCCUCAUCAGUGUGUUUCAGGUCCUCACAGGAGAGGACUGGACCAGCAUUAUGUACAAUGGCAUUAUGGCUUAUGGAGGGCCAGUGUUUCCUGGAAUCCUGGUUGCCAUCUACUUCAUCAUCCUGUUUGUUUGUGGAAACUAUAUCCUCCUCAAUGUCUUCUUGGCCAUCGCUGUUGACAACCUGGCUGAGGCUGAAAGCCUGACGUCUGCUCAGAAAGAAAAGGCGGAGGAGAAAAUGAAGAGAAAGCUACUUAGGUCCAAAAUGCCGGAGAAGACUGAUGAGGAUCGAGAGAGGAUCGCUAAGAAACUGGCAGAGCAGAGAGCCAAAACGGAGAACAUGCCCACCACAGCCAAGCUUAAAAUUGAUGAGUUUGAGUCUAAUGUCAAUGAAGUGAAAGAUCCAUUCCCACCUGCUGACUUCCCAGGUGAUGAUGAGGAAGUAGAACCAGAAAUCCCCAUCAGUCCUCGGCCCCGACCAAUGGCCGACCUUCAGCUAAAGGAAGAAGCUGUUCCACUUCCUGAAGCCAGCUCCUUCUACAUUUUUGGCCCUCAGAACAAGUUCCGUAAACUGUGCUACAAGAUCAUCAACGCCACCUCCUUUACCAACUUAAUCCUGCUGUUCAUUCUGCUCUCCUCUAUCUCCCUGGCAGCCGAGGACCCCAUUGACCCCAGGUCCUACAGAAACCAGAUUUUGGCCUAUGCUGAUAUUGUCUUCACAACUGUGUUCACCAUUGAGAUUGUGCUGAAGAUGACAGUGUAUGGAGCGUUCAUGCACGAGGGCUCCUUCUGCCGUAACUCCUUCAACAUCCUGGAUCUGAUUGUGGUUACAGUGUCCCUGCUUUCUAUGGGCAUGGAGUCCAGUGCUAUCUCAGUGGUGAAGAUUCUCAGGGUGCUGAGGGUGCUGAGGCCUCUCAGGGCAAUCAACAGAGCUAAAGGGUUAAAGCAUGUGGUCCAAUGCGUCUUUGUGGCCAUCAAAACUAUUGGAAACAUCGUCCUGGUCACCAUGCUGCUGAAUUUCAUUUUUGCCUGUAUAGGAGUGCAACUCUUCAAGGGGAAGUUCUACAGCUGCACAGACCCGUCUAAAUUGAAUGGAGAGGAAUGCCAGGGAAUGUUCUGGAAACACAUGGAUAACUCUCUACAAGACACUGUGUUGGCUAAAAGAGAGUGGGUCAACAGUGACUUUAACUUUGACAACGUGCUGUACGGCAUGUUGGCUCUCUUCACUGUGUCUACAUUUGAGGGCUGGCCAAAACUGUUAUACAGAGCCAUUGAUUCAGAGAAAGAGGACAUGGGUCCUGUCUUUAACAACCGCGUAGAAGUGUCCAUCUUCUUCAUCAUCUACAUCAUCCUCAUCGCCUUCUUCAUGAUGAACAUCUUUGUAGGCUUUGUCAUCGUGACUUUCCAGGAGCAGGGCGAGCAGGAGUACAAGGACUGUGAGCUGGACAAGAACCAGCGUCAGUGUGUGCAGUACGCCCUGAAGGCUCGACCUCUGAGGUGCUACAUCCCCAAAAACCCCAACCAGUACAGAGUCUGGUACAUCGUCACCUCCUGCUACUUUGAGUACCUCAUGUUCUUCCUGAUUAUGCUCAACACUCUGUGUCUGGGGAUGCAGCAUUGCAACCAGUCGGAUCACGUGACCAAGCUGUCAGAUAUGCUGAACUUAAUCUUCACCGUCCUCUUCACUGUGGAGAUGAUACUCAAGCUCAUGGCCUUUAAAGCGAGGGGCUACUUUGGAGACCCCUGGAACGUCUUUGACUUCGUCAUCGUCAUUGGCAGCGUGGUUGACGUCAUCCUGAGUGAAGUGGAUACCGCCCUGGCCUCCAGUGGAGGACUGUACUGUCUCCAUGGCUGCGCUGAGACAAAUCCCAUGCAAGCAAUUGCAGCCUCUGAAAACGCCUCAGUUUCCAUUACGUUCUUCCGACUCUUUCGUGUCAUGCGUCUGGUCAAGCUUCUGAACCGUUCAGAGGGCAUCCGUAACCUUCUGUGGACCUUCAUCAAGUCCUUCCAGGCUCUCCCCCAUGUGGCUCUGCUCAUCGUAAUGCUCUUCUUUAUCUAUGCUGUCAUUGGGAUGCAGAUCUUUGGAAAGGUAUCGUUAGUAGACGGCACUCAAAUCAACCGCAACAACAACUUCCAGACAUUCCCUCAGGCUGUGCUGAUGUUAUUCCGAUGUGCAACUGGAGAGGCUUGGCAGGAGGUCAUGAUGGCUUCGAUGUACGGGAAGAAGUGCGACCCAAAGUCUGACUUCCUGGAGGGAGAGGAGUUCACCUGCGGGUCCAACUUUGCUGUCUUCUACUUCCUCAGCUUCUAUUGUCUCUGUGCCUUCCUGAUCCUGAACCUGUUUGUAGCCGUCAUCAUGGACAACUUUGACUACCUGACUCGUGAUUGGUCUCUUCUUGGGCCGCACCAUCUGGAUGAGUUUAAGAAGAUCUGGGCUGAAUAUGACCCUGAAGCCACGGGGAGAAUCAAACAUCUGGAUGUGGUGACGCUGCUGCGCCGCCUCCAGCCUCCACUGGGCUUCGGCAAGUUCUGUCCUCAUCGAGCUGCGUGCAAGCGCUUGGUUGGCAUGAACAUGCCUCUGAACAGUGAUGGCACCGUCACCUUCAACGCAACCCUGUUUGCUCUGGUCAGGACUGCUCUCAAAAUCAAAACAGAAGGUAACUUUGAGCAGGCUAAUGAGGAGCUGAGGGCCAUCAUAAAACAAAUCUGGAAGCGCACCAGUAUGAAGCUGUUGGAUCAGGUCAUCCCACCAAUAGGAGAUGAUGAGGUGACUGUGGGGAAAUUCUACUCCACCUUCCUGCUCCAGGAUCAUUUCCGUAAGUUCCUGAAGCGUCAGGAGGAAUACUAUGGCUACAGGCCAAGCAAGAAGAGCGCAUCAGGCCCUGAGAUCCAGGCGGGCCUGAGAGGUUUGGAUGAGGAAGCAGCUCCAGAAAUGCACAGGGCCAUUUCAGGAGACCUGCAGAAUGAGGAAGAGAUGGAAAGAGCGAUGGAGGAGGCUGUAGAGGAAGCCAUUUAUCAGCGUUCGCAUGGCCUGUUUGGAAACCGGGUGGACUCAUUCUCAUCUGAGCCGGCCAACGCUCAGUCCCAACAGAUGACCAACCAGCGUCCUCUCAUGUUCUCAGAGAGCCAGCCUGAGUCUCCACCCAACUCUUCUGACAUUUCACCCACUACUGAAUUUUUCCCUGCGAGCGCACCGAAAAAUAACACCAACAACAAUGCCUUUGCAGAGGUUUCAUUUGACAGAGAAGGCAGUCCUGUUGAGUUUUACAAUCCCAGUGAGGAUGACGAGUCAGUCAACCUGCGUUCCUGGAACUUCACAGUGAGAACUGACAAAACUCAGUUCCCUUAUGACCCGAACUACGGUGACAGUCAGAGUCAGAGCUCCUCCCGUACUGCAGCUGAUCAGCUCGUCCAGGAGGCUCUUGUGAAAGGCGGUCUGGCCUCUCUGGCAGAAGACCCCGGCUUUGUCUCCGUAGCUAAGCAUGAGAUGGCCCAAGCCAUGCGCACAUCUUUAGACGACAUAGAGAGCAAGGCGCAGGACAUACUCAGCGAACGCUCCACUAGCGCCGCUUCUGCAAAGAAGAAGAGACGUCCCAUCCCUGUCCCUCCCUCUGCUGCUGCUGUGACAGUGAAGGAGACAGGUGAACCAGACCCGGCUGUGAGGAGGAAGAAACGUCCCAUCCCCAGGAUUCCCUCUGUACAGGAGGACGACUCCAGAGUUUAGAGGCGUCACUCAAGGUUUCUUCAGGUUUUUACUCUGGCAGGUGGCUCCACCUCACUUUGUGACAACCUUUAUCUACUAGCCUGGCACCUUAAUACAGGUUGGCUGAGUUCAGGUUGUCAAGUGUGUUUGAAAGGAGAGGAAACAUUAUAUCUGAAUAAACAUCUCAAUCUUCAGGUUUAUGUAACUUAAUAAAGUCACUAACUUAUCUCAGAGCCAACAGAAUGACGCACUUCUUUCUUUGUAGCGUUUGUUGAGGUGAUCCAUUCCAUACGUUUUAUGGGACAACCGAGUGAGUGAGUGAGCUAGGUGUCUUACUGAAGCCUCACUGAGGGAGGUGAGGGGUGACUUAAACAACCCACUGAAUACAGGGAGCAAGGUGGUUUUAUUGUUCCCAGUCAAGUUUGAACUGUGGAUUUAAGGAGUAUCUGUGCAUCCAUGCCCAGAAAAGUUCAAGUGAGUAUUCAGCUAAGAGGCUCUGGUGCUACUUAAACGAUGUAAGUCUUUUUGUAAAGCAGUGUCCGCUGAUCAAUCAGAACAUAGCUGUCUUUUGUCUUUUAUUAUUGAGGUUUACUGAGUUUUCUCCUGCUCACCUCUGCUCUUCUGGGCAGUUGGUAUCAGCAGAUUUUCAAGAGGAAAUUUUUUUUUAUUUUGGAUAAUGAAAUAAUAUAAAUGAUUUACAGAUAUUUUUAAGUAUUUGUUGAAAGACAUUGUAGUCAAGUAGGGAUGAGCUUUAUCAACAUAAACUUAAUCACUCUCUGCAACAGCUUUAAUGUUUUUUAUUUCAUUAAUAUGUCACACUUUUUACACCCACAGUUUGACCAGUGGAAAUAAAUCUUCAGCAUACCUGGAGUAUGAUGGAUUGACCUUCACAGCUCACCUGGGCUUUUAACACAUUUAUUUGUAACUGCAUGGGCAUAAUUUAUUGCACUUUUUUCAUGUCAUGUGCCUGAAUGCAAACAGUGAGGAGCUCCAAGACUUUCUUUUUUUUUUUUACACUAUCUUCUGGUCAGCCUGUGUUUUCCUGUCAUACAAAUAUAAUGUUACAAUAUUUGGAGAUAAUUCGAGUGAUCUUUAUAGCUCAGUGUCUCUUUUACGACUGGAUCUGUGCCAUUUUGGCUGAUGCUAUCUUGGUGUUUACUACAUGGUGAAAGAAUAAAUUAUUCAAACACA